GCGGCGCCCCGGAGAGAGGCCAAUUAAUUGUUGAAGACGAGCCGGGCGGAGGGGGCUGGGCACGUGGUUGUUUCUGGAGGUGGUGAGAGUGGUGGAGGGAUCGUGAGCGAGCGCAUGGGAGCAGACAGAGACGCUGCUGGAGAGGCGUUGGAGGCAUCGGCGCUGGACGGAGCGACCCCCAUCCCAUCGCUGCCCUCACCCCGAGAGAAGCUCCUGGGGGGAGGGGGGGGGGAGGAGGCGUUAUGAGAUAACGCUCUCAACCUGAAGACGGUCGCUUGUUGUUGCGAUCGAAACGUCGUGAUAUAUUGGGGUUUUUUUCCCCACCUCCGUGACUUUAACGAAAGCACCAAACAGUAGAACGCUGGAAGGUGAAGGAGCCGCACGCUGGAGUUGGCGUGAGGACAAAGUGGGCAGCGCGUAAAGCCCUCUAGCCCCCACCCGUGACCUCGACCCCUGUCCACGUGCGAUCUAUCCUCUCUGCCGUCAACUCGGAUCGGAAGGGGGGCAGUUCGAUGACCAUGUGCACCCGGAGUCGGCGUCUUUGGCGUAUCGCUGUGCUGCUUCUCAUCUUCUUCCUGCUGCUGCAGCUGCUGCUGCCCACGAGGAUCCUCGUGAGUUCGAGUCUCGAGUCCCGCGGGGACCCUGGCUGGGUCUCCCAGCCCUGCGGGACACACAAAGGGAACUUCAGCGCCUCUUGCGUGGAACACGUGCCCUUGUUACUGAUAUCAGCAUCGGCAGCACUAACAGUAGCAGAAUCAGGGUUAUCAUCACUUGUAGCAACUGACGAUUUAUCAGCAACAGGAUCAUCAGUUGUAGUAGCAGCAGCGACAGCAGAUGGGUCGCCAUCAUCGGCAACCCUAUCGGCAGCAGGAGAUAAAAUAACAUCUGCGGGGCGAGCAAUAGCAACAAAAUCAUCAUCAACAGCGCUCGUAGCAGCAGCAACAGAAUCAUCACCAUCAUCAGCAGCAAUUUCAUCAACAGCGUCAUCGUCAUCAAGUGUCAUCUCGAUGCAUCGACGGCGGCUCCGAGCGGUGCACGUGCACGGAUUCAGUCAGGGUGCAGGUUCCAGCGCCGCUCCUGAUCCAGGCGGCAGACCCCGAAAGCUGUUCAGCUGGGGGGACUUCAGCGCCAGCAUCCGCACGUCCCGGCUCCAGGUGCUCAUCACGGCGAAGAUGGUGGACCACGGCAACGGCUCAGUGAGCGUGCACUUUCGGCACAACGCCACGGGCCGAGGCAGCGUGUCGGUGAGCCUCGGGCCGCCCACAGUGCCGCUGUGCCUCACCCCUCACAGACCCCUCACAAGCCAGUGGCGGCAGCAGCAGCAGCAAGAGCGGCAGAAUCAUCAGCAGCAACAGCAGUGUAGCGACAACCAGCAGUGGGGUCAUAACCAGCAGAACCAACAGCAGCAGCGGGCUGAGUCAAAGGCGCCCAGGGACGGGGAGCCUUUCCGCUGCCGUGUCGAGUACGAAAAAGUGGAUCGAGCGCUGAAGAGCGUGCCCUGCGCCCAGCCACGCAGGUCGGGCCCUGCCAGUUUGAGUCCCGGUCCUGGUCUAGGUCCCGGUCACAGUGCUGGUUCGGUUCCCGGUCCGGGCAGCUCUUGCUACCGCGAGCAGGUUCAGAGCCACGUGUCGUGGAUCUGCUCGAAGCCGAUCAGCGCCUUCUGUAUCUACGUCGCAUUCCAGGGCGCCAACUACCGCCUGGCACACAAAGUCUGCCCGGACCUCCACAUGGUGCGUACGCCCAGCGGAUGAGCAGCGUGGGGUGGGUGGUGGAUACAGAAGGUGGACGGGCAGCAAAGGUGACGAACAGACCAUGCUGUAUAUUUAUAAUUGUCAGAAUGUAGCCCAAUUAAUUGAAAAUGUCGUAUUUCGACCAUUCAGCAUAACGUAUAUGUGUUAACUACCCAUGUCGCAAAAAAUAACCGGACUAUGAAUAUACGAAAGAGAGUUGAAUAGUUUCAGUGUUAUUCGAGGUACAUUUAAUUUAAUUAUAUGCAUUAUAUGUAUAAGUUUGUUGUGAAUAUUAGAUUGGUACUUUCUCUCUGUUUCAGCAGAAACCUCAUUUUCUGAUAUAAUCAGUCCGCCCAUUCACCCGACUUAAUGCCAUUAGAUAUUUUUUUAAUCUCUUCUUUAAAGUAACGUCUACAACUAGCUAAACCAAGGAACCUUGCAGAACUUAAACAUCGCAUUAUUGAUGAUGCCGUGUCAUCAUCCAUCCCUACAGCGGUCUUGUAAAAUGUGUUCUCAGUGUGAACGCCGAAUUAGAUUGAUGACACUGAAUGAUGGACUACAUUUAGAAGUUUAUUCAAAAAUUGAGAACAUCUCAUCAAUACCAGUAUUUCGAAUUACAUUUCAUAUGUACUCAUAUUAAAUUUAUGUCAGUAUUUACAAUUACAAUUAAGCUAUUCAAUGUUCUUUUUGGUAUAUACAUUUCCGGACACCCUGUAAAUUCUUCAUAUAUCUGUCUCUCCACUUCAAUCAUAAUUCUAUCAGCAGUGAUACAAAACAAGCAACAUUUUCCGACAACAUCUGACAGUUCACCAGCAUUCAUUCAAGCGAGCGUGACUCUGCUUUGCCACUGUUUGUCAACACCAUCUGACAGUUCACCAGCAUUCAUUCAAGCGAGCGUGACUCUGCUUUGCCACUGUUUGUCAACAUCGGUUCAGGAUUGCAUUUGCUUUUACAGAAUCAAUGUUGCAGAAAGUAUAUGCACGCCCAAAAGGUCGUGGAGAUGACAGGUUGUGUAGGAAGAACGUUUUAUUGUUUACGUGGAGAGACGCAUAUAUGCAGAAUAAUUUUAUUUUAUGGAGCUACAGUAAUACCCCGAUUUACACCCUCCCGCACUUUCGCUAUAAUGUACUCAACUCAUUGAUGCCCAGUCCCAUUAAGCGUACCGUGGUACCUCGCCAAAAUGUACUCGAGAUUUACGAACUUUACUGCAAAGACUCUUUGUUGUCCUUCCCCCGCACCUCCAAUUAGCACAGUAGUGUCAGUGAGACGGAGACGAGGUUUGUAGAGGCACCUUCUUUAUCAUCAUUAGACCUCCUUUGCCAGUACCAAAAUGUAAUAAUAGGGUUUUCCCCUUUUUUCUGGCAACAA